CCUCUCAGCUCAGAGAGAGCUCUGAGAGCCCACAAGAGCAACUGUUAGAGCGCAGAUAGACAGAGAAACACACAGAGAAAAGCCCUGACUGAGAAAUAUCACAGCAAAAGUGAAAAGUGAAUUAAAAGGCAUCUAUCCUCGAAGGUCAAUACCUGCCUGGAUAAAUCAAUUAAUUUAGAGAAAAAAGAUUAAUCCGCUGAUUAAUUUUUUUCACACUUUAGGGAAUGAGUAUAAAGGACACUUUUGAUUUUUUCUGAAAAGACAAGUGGAUCUUUACUCAUCAUCAAAAACGGAAAGCAACAGGACAACUGGAGAACGCCAACGGCAUCUUCCUCAGCAUCAGCAGAAGUGUGCAACGCUCCCUGAGCUGGGCUAAGUCGUUUCCUCCACCUGCGAGGCACUGCUCUGUCAGCGAGCAAGCAACCUCUCUGCACUCCUCACCAGACACCAGCGCAGCUUCAGUCCUGCAGCUCCGGCGCCAGCAGAGGAUGGCUGCAGCCAAGACCGAGAUGAUUCUCCCAGCCCUGCAGAUCUCAGAGCCUCUGAGCUUCCCUCACUCCCCCAUGGAUAACUACCCCAAGCUGGAGGAGGUGAUGAUGCUCAGCUCUGCAGGGACCCCCUUCCUCACCGCCUCCGCCCCUGAAGGUGCAGGCUUCGGCUCCGGGGAGCCGGGAGAGCAGUACGACCAUCUUGCUGGAGAUACGUUAACAGACAUCCCCUUCACCUGUGAGAAGCCAGCGGCAGAUCAGACCUACUCCUCACAGAGGCUUCCCCCCAUCUCCUACACAGGCCGCUUCACCCUGGAGCCCGCCACCACAUGCAGCAACAGCCUCUGGGCGGAGCCCAUCUUGGGUCUGUUCACCAACCUGAUGAACAAUGUUGCCCCCAGCUCCAGCUCUUCCUCUGCUGCCUCACAGACCACCUCGUCCUCCGCUUCAUCCACCCCAUCCUCUUCCACCGCCUCCUCUUCUACCUCCUCCUCAUCUCAGAGUUCCUCCAUUCACCACAGUGAGCCCAACCCCAUCUACUCAGCCGCCCCGACCUACUCCAGCCCCAACUCUGACAUCUUCCCAGACCAGGGCCAGGCCUUCCCCACCUCAGCUGGAGCGGUGCAGUACCCUCCUCCUGCCUACCCCAACGGCAAGAGCUGCGGCACUAGCUUCCCCGUGCCCAUGAUUCCCGAUUACCUCUUCCCUCAGCAGCAGGGAGAGAUCAGCCUGGUGCCUCCUGAUCAAAAGCCCUUCCAGAGCCAGUCAAACCAGCCUUCCCUCACUCCUCUGUCCACCAUCAAGGCCUUCGCCACCCAGACUGGUUCCCAGGACUUAAAGAGCGUCUACCAGUCCCAGCUGAUCAAGCCCAGCCGCAUGCGCAAGUACCCUACUCGGCCAAGCAAGACGCCCCCGCACGAGAGGCCCUACGCUUGCCCCGUGGAGACCUGCGACCGCCGCUUCUCGCGCUCAGAUGAGCUGACGCGUCACAUCCGCAUCCACACGGGCCAGAAGCCCUUCCAGUGCCGCAUCUGCAUGCGCAACUUCAGCCGCAGCGACCACCUGACAACGCACAUUCGCACUCACACCGGCGAGAAGCCCUUCGCCUGCGAGAUCUGCGGACGCAAGUUCGCGCGCAGCGACGAGAGGAAGAGGCACACGAAGAUCCACCUGCGGCAGAAGGACAAGAAGGCGGAGAAGACGGGAGCGGUGGUGGUGACAGCGGCGCCGGUGUCAGCCGCCUCGCCUGCCUCCAGCUACCCCUCUCCCAUCACCUCCUACCCCUCUCCAGUGUCUUCUUACCCCUCUCCGGUCACCUCCUGCUACUCCUCUCCCGUUCACACUUCCUAUCCGUCUCCUUCCGUGGCCACCACCUACCCAUCAGUGUCCAUGUCCAGCACCUUUCAGUCCCAGGUGGCGUCCUCCUUCCCCUCCUCGGUUGCCUCCAACAUCUACAGCUCCCCCAUCCCCACCCCACUAUCAGACAUGCAGACCACUCUCUCACCAAGGACAAUCGAGAUCUGCUAAGAGAGAGGGGGGGAAAAAAUAACUUUUUUUGUCGCUGCACCUCUCUUUCCUUAAGGUUCUUUGAGGGAAAAGAAAUGAGCAUCAAAAGACUCUGUUUUGCCCUCCAAAAAGCACUUUUCUGUCUGCUCCCUGUGCAGCGCUCGUGAAUCCUGAGAUUUACCUGAAAGAGACAAAAAGACACAUGUCAAGGACUGGGCAAAGACAAUAGACGAUGAAAAAGGGAUUUUUUUGCUCUCUGUAAAACAAAUGCAGCACUUCAAAUGCAUAAGGGAUUGAACAGACAGAGUAGAAACAGACACGGACUGUUGUCUACUAUUAGGUACUGAAAAACAGAUUGCCAGUGGUUGUGGUGCUAAAGCACGUUUGCCCUUGCAGGCACUCAAAGUACAAAAGACAUUGAAUGAUAUACAUAAGCUACCAUAUAUGUAUAGUGUACAUGUGCCAUGUUUCGUUUUUAUCAUUCUUUGGUACCAUUGAUGUGAAAAAUUCUUUGCAUAUUUGCAUUGUAUUAUUUGAAGUGAGCAGGGCCAUAUUUUCUACAUACUUUCUCUAUUAUGUAGUGAUGAUGCUGUGAUACGUUUUGACAUUGUUUGGAAAAAAUCACUUAAGUAUUCAAGCAUGAGUAAGAGUGGUUAGUUUCUGUUUGUAAAUAUCAUCCACUGGUACUAUCUCUUUCUCUCUUUCUCACAUGUGACAAUUUGCUUGGUUAUAUGGAAAAAUAGAGAAAAAAAAUUUUGUUUAAAAAAAAAAAAAAAAAACUAAAACAAGACAAAUGCUCCUGUUAUUUGGUGCCUUUUGUGAAGCCUUGCUGAUGUGGAGACUUGGCUGCGCGCGAGAGGAUGCUUCUUGCAUCUUGCCUUAAGGUCUGAGGGAAUAUUUUUGUUACAGAAUGUAAGUCAUACUCAGAGGGAGGAAAAGAGAUGAGCUAUGAGGGCACCGCUUCAUUUCAUUAGAAUGUAAGCAAAAAAGGAGAAAAAUUAUAAAGUAUAUUUUUGUAAAACCUUAAUGUAAAUAUCCACAUCUUCAAGAGCUGGAAUGUUGAAGUUACCUACUGAGUAGGCAUGGGAUUCUUUUGUAUGUUAUAUACAUGCAGUUCAUUAUUUUGUGGUUAUCUUAAUUUUGUAUUUGUGUUUGUUAAAACAAGUGACUGUUUCUGGCUUCUGAACACAUUGAAUGCGCUUAACUGCCAAUGGGAUAUUUGAUGUACAAGAUAUCCUUCCAGAAAUGAAAUACAAAUAAAAAUAUGAAUAUAUAUGUA